AUGUAUCGUCUAAUAAUUGGGUUUGUAUUUCUUGUUUUGUUUGAUUUUAUGUAAUUUCUUAUGACGAACAUUCAGACAGUUGUUUUACGAUGGUCACCAGCAGAUAGCGAUAUCCAUUGCCAACGCCAUUGGAUGCUCUUCCCAGCCUCCUCCGCCGUCUGACAAGCUUUUCCGCCUCGUUUCCCUUGCAAAACAGUUUGUUGAUGAUCCUGACGCGAAAGAAAAUGAGUUGACCCUUCCCGUAGGUAGUUUUGAAAGUUUUUUUCUUACUAUUUCGGUUUAGUUUGAACCUCCAUCGAGCGGUCUUGACUUGGAAUUUGAUGCUGACAUACAACCAACCUCGCCGGAACCUUGCAUGUAUGAAACGAUUUACUUGACUGUUCACAAGUCGGCUUGUAGAGCCGCUUCUUUUAAUAAUGAAGGUUCAUUUCAAACUGAUUACUCUUGUAAAUUAGGCCUUUAAAAUUUUAAAGGAACUUUGGUUGCUACUGGUUCUGCUGAUUGCUCAAUCAAAAUUAUGGAUGUGGAGAGGAUUUUCGCACGCGAGAGAGAAAGCAGAGAUUUGAACGAAAACGGCCCAGACGCCCAUCAUCCUGUCAUUCGUACAUUGUAUGAUCACCUUGAUGUGAGAAUAUUGUGUCAUUCAUAAACUUUGAAAGUGUUUUUUUUUUUCAGGACGUUAACUGCAUCAAGUUCCACCCACGCGAGCAAAUUCUGAUCUCGGGAUCCAAUGAUAAGACUGUCAAGUUAUUUGAUUUCUCUAAGACUGCUGUGAAAAGAGCUAUGAAAACUUUAUCAGUACGGGAAAAUGAGUCUUAAUCGGUUCUGAUAGUUUCAAAUUUCAGGAAGUUUAUCCUGUUCGAGCCCUCUCCUUCCACCCCGGCGGCGAGUUUCUUGUUGUUGCCACUGAUCAUCCAACAGUCCGUUUAUACAACAUCGAAACCGCUCAGUGUUACGUUUGUGCGAAUCCGAGUGACCAACAUUCACAACCCGUUCUGGACGUUUGAAUUUUCUAUAAUGAUGGCACAUUUCAGAAAUGUUUUAGGUCAAUUAUUCGACAAACGCCCGGCUUUAUGUGACGGCCUCGAAAGACGGCGAUGUGAAAAUAUGGGAUGGUAUUUCCAACCGUUGUGUUGAAACGUUCAAAGGGGCUCACGAUGGCUCAGCUAUUUGUUCGGCUAAGUUCACGAGGAACGGAAAGGUGAAAGGAAAUGUCCAACAAAAAAUGAACAUAUGUAAAUCUAUUGCAGGAAAUUUUUUAUGAUUUUUAGCUUUAGAAUUGUUUUCUUUUAAAGUUCGCUGAAGAUGAUUUUGGAGCGUUUUCGAAAAAUUAACAAUUUACAGUCAAAGGAUAAUCUUUUCUUCUUCAAAAAACUCAUCAAGUUAACAUCAUAAUGAAUAUAAUUUUUUUCAGUACAUCCUAACUAGCGGUAUGGACAGUAUUGUGAAGCUGUGGGAACUUUCGACAAACCGUUGUUUGAUCGCUUACACUGGAGCGGGAGCCACCGGCUCGACAGAUCAUCCGAUAAACGCCGAGUUCAAUCACAAUGAAGACUACGGUAACGAAUUUUUUUUUUUCAUUUAUGAUCAGUGAUUGUUCUUAGUGUUAUUCCCCGAUGAGAAGAGUGGAAGUCUUUGCUCAUGGGACUCGAGAAAUUCCGACAGGAAGCGUCUUCUUGCUUUGGGUUGGUUUUUCCUACGAAGAAAACGAUAUUAUCAAGAUUUCAAGAUUGAUAUCAUUAAUCAACCUUUUUCAGGACACACAACUUCAGUUCGGGCCUUCGUCCAUUCUCCCACGAUGUCUGCCUUCCUCACAGGCAGUGACGACUACAGAGCACGAUUCUGGUACCGAAAAGCCAUUCCUUCUCAGCCCUAA